AGAUGAAAUUAAGAAGAGAGAGAGAGUGAGAGCUCGAGACUCUCGUCAAUGGCGGACUGAGACUUUUUUACCUAAACCAGUCAAAUCAAGGAGGCGACGGAGAAUAUUGAAAAGGAAGAAGAACAUGAGGUAAAAGUUUGGCUGAAGAAUAAAGUGGCGAUUCGAAUCAGACCAUAGUAUUGUUGUUGUGUCUAGCUGUUUCUACUUCAUUAGGUUCAGAUUAGGGAUUUUUAGGUUGGAGCGGAGUUUGAAUGCUGCUGAAAAAAUCGAGAGAUUGAGAAGAUGGAGGAGAUUAGAGGAGUGCCUACGUGGCAGGAAGAGCUGGCGAGUCUCGUUGACGCCGGAUUGCGAUACGACGGAGCGCCGAUCGAUUUCACGGCGGCUACUGAAUCCGGGUCAAAGCGAUCGGGUUUUAUGUCGGUGGAUGGAUCCGGAUCCGAAGCAAAGGAGACGUUGAAAGAUCAAGUGACGGGGUUUAUGACAUCGUGGGGAGAGAUGCUUGUUGACCUCUCGAGAGGAUGCAAGGACAUUGUUCAGCAGACGGUGGUGACCGAUGACUCGUUCGUCGUGCGGAAGCUUGGGAAACCGGCGGCUAAAGUUUCGAAGAAGCUUAGCUUUAUGAACGACUUCUUGCCUGAGGAUCGUGAUCCGAUUCACGCAUGGCCUGUGAUUUUCUUCGUCUUCCUCUUAGCACUCGCAGCAUUAAGCUUUAGUCCGGAGCAGGAUAGACCAGUGCCAGUGAUAACAAAACUGCGAAUACAUCCUACCGGUGCAACCCGUGUACAGCUUCCAGAUGGUAGAUAUGUCGCUUACCAGGAGCUGGGUGUUUCAGCUGAAAGAGCAAGAUACUCUUUAGUUACGCCUCAUUCUUUUCUUUCCUCUCGACUUGCAGGCAUCCCUGGAGUGAAGAAAUCAUUGCUUGAAGAGUAUGGUGUCCGUUUAGUGUCAUAUGAUCUUCCAGGGUUCGGAGAGAGUGACCCUCAUCGAGGUCGAAACCUUAGCUCAUCUGCCUCGGAUAUGAUUAACCUUGCAGCUGCUAUCGGAAUCGUAGAUAAAUUCUGGUUACUCGGCUACUCUACCGGUAGUAUGCAUACAUGGUCUGCGAUGAAAUACUUCCCGGAUAAAAUUGCAGGAGCUGCAAUGGUGUCUCCGGUGAUCAAUCCAUAUGAGCCAAGCAUGGCCAAGGAAGAGAUGGUGAAAACAUGGGAACAAUGGUUAACAAAGAGGAAAUUCAUGUACUUUAUAGCACGCCGGUUUCCAAUUCUUCUUCCUUUCUUCUACCGUAGAUCUUUUCUCUCUGGUAAACUUGAUCAUCUCGAUCAGUGGAUGUCACUAUCAUUAGGAGAAAAGGAUAAACUUCUACUCAAAGAUCCUACUUUCCAAGAAUUUUACCAAAGGAACGUGGAGGAAUCCGUUCGUCAAGGAAUCACAAAACCAUUUGUAGAAGAAUCCGUGCUUCAAGUAUCGAGCUGGGGUUUUACUCUUUCCGAAUUCCGCACACAGAAGAAAUGUACAACUAAUGGUGUCCUCUCUUGGCUCAUGUCAAUGUACAGUGAAGCCGAAUGUGAACUAAUUGGAUUUCGAAAACCCAUUCACAUAUGGCAGGGAAUGGAUGAUCGGGUUGCUCCACCAUCAAUGAGUGACUACAUCAGCAGGAUGAUUCCGGAAGCUACUGUACAUAAGAUUCCAGAGGAAGGUCAUCUCUCCUUCUACUUUUUCUGUGAUGAUUGCCAUAGACAGAUUUUCUAUGCUUUAUUCGGAGAACCCAAAGGGCAGCUUGAGAAAGCAAAAGAAACUCUAGUCGAGACGGAGGCACAUAAGGACACAACUAGUUCUACUACAACCACCAAAGAGUAAAGAAGUAAAAGCGGUUGAAAACUAUAGAAAUCAAAGCUACAUAUUUUUUUUCACAUUUUUAGGGUUAUACACCAAGCAGGAUUUUAUUUUGGAUCACAUUUUACAUUCUAAAGACUUAAAAAGAGUUUAGUGAAAGGGAAUUUGUCAACGGUUUUCUUGACAUAGGAAGUGUUAUAUUCAGCCAUUAAACAA